AUAGAUUGUCGCCAUUGUUACUGCUAAUGGAUGUCGUUUUACAUUUUUCUCGCAUUUUUGACCGAGGUAAUUAUUCAGUUUUGCUUAAUACCACUACUGCUACUACUGUUACUGUGACUUUUCGUUUUCCUUCGUAUUUUCGAUUUUACUUCCACAAUUCCCUGCACGUUACUUUUCAGUGUAAUCUGCUAUUCACACACAUGCACACAAACAUAAUAUAUAGCGCUAUCGCAGUAACGACAGAUCCAGGUAAAUAUUAAUGAUAGCGAGCAAAUAUUUUCCUCUGAAAAAUCAAGAAUCUGUCAAUACUGUGAUCUGUCAUUGCGUCGAGAGUAUAUGUCGUAAACUAAUUUGGCCUUUAACCGUUAAUAAAGAAAAAUGAAUGAAUUGUUGACUGGUUCAGACACGAAGGAGAUGAAUCACGUGGAGGAGACGUUGAGGAGGAAUUCGACGAAUCUGGUGAGUCCGCAGGAUGUCUACAAUAACGGUACAGCCACGAUAACGCGUUACAUCCAUAUAAAACACGCCGACUCGCCGGUCAAGAUCUUCCGUGAGACGACGGUUUGAUAUUUAAUGGACAUUUCACUAAUUCUCUUAACGGUCUUAGGACGUACAAUUUCAAUCUCACCAUACGCCAAUGGAAAUCUUUCAAUAUUCUAAAUGUCUGGGUGUUCCUAUGCUCUGUGCACUUCCGAAGGAUCCCACUCUACGAGUCAGAUCUUUUUCAAAGAAAUAUCCACAGAAUCUGGACUACGUGUUCCCAGGCCGAGGUUCAUCCUUGGCCUAUGAGAUGUUCUUAUGGUCCAGAGAAUCAUUGCUACCAUCGCUAAUGGAUUCCUUUAUUCGCAGCGUUUAAAUUGCUAAUCGUAAAAAGGAAUUAUACAAAAUCCGAGUACAACUCGGAAGACCUUUCAAUCCGUUCCAUCGAGCCUGAAAGUCUAACGAUAAGACAAAACCUUCCAGAAUUGUUCUGUCCGAUCGGACUGGAACAACGGUCUCUUGGGACCAUUUCAGUUGAGGAUUAACAUUAUUGAUACCACGUGGUAUAUGGAGAGCUAUUCGCUUUAAAUUCGCCAGUCGGUUUUGACAGCUGUCAUAUGCGAUGCUUUUGCUUAAGCACCAUUCGCCAAUCGUUCCAUAGCCAACAGGGAGACCAUUCUUUAUUUUCAAUGUUUAUUGAACCUCGACAUACGUCUAUGUACUUGGUAUUUACACAAUUUUUUACUGGGCAUCGGCAAUUAAAUUUGGCAAAUGUUGAUUAGGUAAACAAAGUGAUUACAUGAGAAUUUUAUCAAAUUUGAACCGAAUAGUCCUGCAAAAAUUUUUCUUUACUUGUGAAGUAUAUGUCAAUGAUUAUGAACCAUUCCCUGAGAAUUAGUCGUUAUAUUAAGUUUUAACGUAAUGUAUACAUUAGCAUAAAUAUUAUACUAUUGUGUGACACGAGGAUGAGGAUUAUGAUACUAUGUCCAAUGGAGGGGGGGGCGGGGGGGAGAGUGUUCUAAUCAACCAAAAUGUGCUAUUGCAUCUUACAAUUUAGCAAUGAAAUUUUAUUUGCUAGAUUUUUAAAGGUUAUUAUUGUGAAGCUAAUAUCGAAAUUUUCGAAAUAUUUAAAAUAACUAUAAGAUCCAGAUAUAUAAUGUUCUGCGGACGACUGUGGCGUGUAUCGAGAAGAGGAAAUCGUUUUGUCGUAUUAUACAUAUUGGCAAAUGAGUGUUGUACUUUUAUAAACAUAAAUGUACUUAUAUUUUGUACUGCUGCUAUACUGCUGGUACCUUACAUCAAGACGAUACGUUGAAUUUCAGCAAAUUAUUAUGGUUAACAGCAUGUUCUAUUACGGGAAAUAGUUUGUAAUGGAGCUGCUAGGCCCUUACGGGGUAAACUUGAUUUUUAAAGUAAUUUUUAUCAGUCUUUAAGCCGGGCGUAAAAUAGAUUGUGAUGUACCUACUACGUGUACUAGUCAUUAGAUACAAAAAUUAAGUUAUUAUCCCACAGUCGAUAUUAUCAAGACAUUAAUGUAUGUAUAUUCCGGCAGCGAAUAUUCGUUCGCCCUUGAAUUUAAAUGAAGAAAAAUAAAGAUAUCUUUAAAGCGCAUCCUGUAUACUCGUCAAAGUGGAUGAAUUCGUGAAAUCUGCCCUUAAGUUUUACUAUUUUCUAGGACUACUCAAGUCGCUAUAAUCAUUCUUUUUGUUGUUUAACAAAAACCGGCGACCCCUUUUUCGAUUUUUCGAAAACAAUCGCUAUAACUGUCAAACUACCUCAAUGGAACUCUAGGCCCAUCAACCAUUCAAAAUUCUCAGUACCGAAUCAUGAAGUCAUCAGCUGCUUGAGCACACUACAACCAAAUACAGAAAUACAUCUCGUGGGUCAGAAAAUCCUUCCGCCCGCGAGGUAGAUCAACCGCAACAGUAAAUCCUCCGACUCUGACAGAAUGGCAGGUAGAGCUGGCAGGGCAGGUCCGUCAGUCACCAGAACACAGCUGAUGCGACAGGCUAAAUCGUCGGCCGUUGUCAGAGACACGAUACAGCAGAAUGUGGCACAACAGCCCGGUGCAGGAUGUCCAUCAAAAAAGCCGCGAGUACCGAAAUUAUCAAGAAAAGUUGCAGCACCACCAUCGCCAAAGAAAAUAGAUUUUAGAAAACCAGGCCUGACUAAGGCUAUGCUGGCACGAAUGCAGCACGCAAAGAAAUUUCAAAGCGAAUUAGAUAAAAGAUGCGACGACACAGUCGCUCGGCAGAAAACUAAGCGAAAAGCUGCUCCGCUCGGCGGGGAUGCACGAUUUGGCAAGGAGAGACCGGCUAGAAAGAAAUCCCCAUGUCCGCCACGAGCGCGGGAACAACCUCAAUGGGAAGCACCGCCUUCUCAACGGGAAAUGUCCCCGAGGAGCAAGGCGAUGCAGAAAAUGAUGAUGGGUCAGAAGGCUACCGCUAAGAGUCCAGGAGCCCAGGGUGUUCCAGCCAAGACUUGUCAAUUAGCCAAACGUAUGAAUGCCGAUGUGGUUCAGGCUGACCCGGUCGGCGAUGGUCCCGUCGAUAGCAUAGUCAUACCUGCUGGUACCAUAAAUGAGAAUUGUACUACGAUUGUCAGUAUUAAUCAGGGUAGGGGCGGUGGUGCAUCCGCUGGUGCAUCCGCUGCUCAUCGCUCCAUGCAGAUGAUCAACCAGAGUCUGGACGAGCAGGACGCCGUGGAGGCCGCUGCUGUACAGGAGAAAUUGAGCGAAAUGCAUCAAGCCAGGCGAGAUCUGGUGAUGGCUGUUGCCAACAUCGGCAGCAAUACUGCGCAGAUGGCAGAGCAGGCAUCUAUGGCCAGAUCGAUGCCUCAAGAGGAAAGAGUCAUUUACAAACUUCCGGAUAUCGAUCACGAGUAUUUACGGCCAAAGUAUGGCAAAGACGAUAAUCCGGCGAUUAUAGCAGCCAGAGAACAUAGGCUCAGAAUGGAAGCCGAAAUGAAGCAGAGGGAAGUACAGCAACAAAUGGAGAGAGAUUUCGCCACAGUAGAAAACCAGCUUCUUCCGGACGACAAUGAGUUUGAGCUUCCUGCGGCGCCAGAGUAUCUAUACGACAGCGACCCAUCUUGUGAGGAGGAUGAAGAACCCGAUCCCGUCGUGGUGCCUACGUGUCCACCUAGAAGGAACACUUGUUUGCCAAAUCCUGUGCACCGAUACUCCCGUCCGGGGGAGGGGAUUGGAAUUGAUGAGCUCGAAAGAUUUUUCGAUCUGGAAAACUAUCCGCCAAGUAUCAAAAGUAAUGCGUAUGCUGGUCCUCCUCCUGGACGGGAAGGUUUGCAUCCGGAUCUUUGGGAACUCGAUGAUCCCUGGGUCUGUCAGCCAGAUGUACCGGAUCUCAUUGAAUUUGAUCUCAUGAGCUUCAGUAAAUAAUUAACCGUU